CAGUACACCAAGAAAGAGCCAAAUUUCUAGAGUAGAACAUAUUAAUUUGGAUUUGGCUUUGAGUGAGAGAUCAGCUAUAGAGACAAAUUCAUGGAGAUGGCACCAUGGAUUCGAGUCCUAAUGCUUUUAGCUUGCUUAUGGUUUCCAGCUUCGGUGGAGUGCAUGGUUCGCCACUACAAGUUCAAUGUGGUGUUGAAAAAUACAACAAGAUUAUGCUCAACCAAGCCUAUUGUCACUGUGAAUGGACGUUAUCCUGGACCCACUUUAGUUGCUAGAGAAGAUGAUACCAUUCUUGUCAAAGUGGUCAACCAUGUCAAAUACAAUCUCUCCAUCCACUGGCAUGGGAUUAGGCAAAUACGUACGGGUUGGGCAGAUGGACCGGCAUAUAUAACCCAAUGCCCGAUUCAACCUGGGCAGAACUAUGUGUACAACUUCACCCUCACUGGCCAAAGGGGCACCCUUUGGUAUCAUGCACAUAUCCUAUGGCUAAGAGCCACCGUGCACGGUGCAAUUGUUAUCUUGCCCAAGCGUGAUGUUCCUUAUCCUUUCCCCAAACCCCACAAGGAAGAGAUUGUUGUGUUAGGUGAAUGGUGGAAAUCGGAUGUUGAAGCCGUCAUUAAUGAGGCUUUGAAAUCUGGUUUGGCUCCUAAUGUCUCUGAUGCUCACACCAUCAAUGGUCACCCUGGACCUGUCCCUGGCUGCCCUUCAAAGGGGUAUACGUUGCCAGUUAAACCAGGGAAGACGUACAUGCUUCGAAUCAUCAACGCUGCACUGAAUGAAGAACUCUUUUUCAAAAUCGCCGGCCAUCAACUCACCGUAGUCGAAGUUGAUGCCACGUACGUGAAACCUUUCAAAACAGACACCAUCGUUAUAGCCCCAGGGCAGACCACAAACGUCCUCGUUACCACCCACCGCGGCGGAGGAAAGUACAUGGUGGCAGCCUCACCUUUCAUGGACGCACCGAUCGCCGUCGACAACGUGACCGCCACCGCCACCUUACAUUACUCCGGCUCUCUCACCAGUGCCGCCACCACCCUCACGUCAACCCCACCGAAAAACGCUACCUCAGUGGCAACAAAUUUCAUCAGUUCAUUACGAAGCUUGAAUUCCAAACAAUAUCCAGCUAAUGUCCCUUUGAAGAUCGAUCAUUCCCUGCUUUUCACCGUUGGACUUGGCAUUAACCCUUGUCCUACCUGCGUUAACGGAAGCCGUGUUGUGGCUUCCAUCAACAAUGUUACCUUCGUUAUGCCGAAGAUUUCAUUGCUUCAAGCCCAUUUCUUCAACAUAAGUGGCGUUUUCACCAGUGAUUUUCCCGGGAAUCCGCCUGCUCCAUUCAACUACACAAGCACACAAGUAACGAACUUUGCUACCAAACAAGGGACAAGACUGUAUAGGCUUGCGUAUAACGACACCGUCCAGCUGGUCUUGCAAGAUACUGGGAUGAUUACCCCAGAGAAUCACCCUCUUCAUUUGCAUGGAUUCAACUUCUUUGAGGUUGGGAGGGGAUUGGGGAAUUUCAACCCCAAAGAGGAUCCUAAAAAGUUCAAUCUUGUUGACCCUGUUGAGAGGAACACCAUUGGGGUUCCAUCUGGUGGAUGGACUGCCAUAAGGUUCAGGGCAGAUAAUCCAGGGGUUUGGUUCAUGCAUUGCCAUUUGGAAGUGCAUACAACAUGGGGGCUUAAGAUGGCGUUUGUUGUGGACAAUGGAGAAGGCCCAAAUGAGUCUCUUCUACCACCUCCAAGUGAUUUCCCCAAGUGCUGAAUUAACCAAACCAAAAUGCUGAGGAAUGGAGAAGUAGCUAAAAGGAAACAAAAGGAAAUGGAAUUUUUAUACAACGGCUUAAAGCUAUAAUAACUAAUAAGAAGAGUUUAUUUUGAGCAAGCCAAGGAAAGUUUGCUCCAUAUGGAAUAAAAGAGAGCUGGAUUUGUUUUUUCUUUUUCUUUUUAUUACUUUUUCUCUUAAAUUUGGUUUCCUUAUAAUAUGGUCUACAAAUCUAAUUUGAAGGUUCCAAAUCAUCGUUGUAUUGACAAUGACAAUUUGAAGUGAAGAUUAAGUAUUGUUCA